UUUGAGAGACUGAAAGGCAAGAAAGGGUGGCCCGGUUGAGGAUGGAGUGUGCAUUUGACGCACAGAAUCUGAUCUCCAUUUCUUUGAGGAAAAUCCAAAGCUCCAGGACGCAGAGAGGAGGCAUCAAGCUCCACAAGAACUUACUGGUAACGUACGUUCUGAGAAACGCCAGGCAGUUUUAUAUGAGCAAAAACUUGUCGCAAACGCAGAGGACGCAUCAGUAUGAGGAUGUAGCUGCCGUCCGUGAAAAGCAAGAAUACCUUGAAUUGACUGGAAGCUUUACGGAGUUGGCCGAUGACUUCUACUGCAACUUUACUGGGGUUGAGUCGGACACUUGGCACUGCGGAGCGCACCAGCCCAACGGCCAGCCUGCAGAGCUGGCGCACCAAGACGCAUCUGCCUGCGCAAUGGUUUCUCCAAGUGACUCUGAGCUCAUGGUUUCGGCAGCCUGUUGGAAUUGUGCAGACAAAUCCUCCUGGGAGUUACCUAUCCCAAACACACAAGCCAACCAAAAGACUGUCCUGGACUUGGACACGCAUGUUGUGACUACUGUCACGAAUGGAUACUUCCACUCAGACUGUUGCGCGCAGCCAAAACAGCCGCAGGGCGCGCAGUGCUACACUAAAAAGCGAAAGAUGGACACAAGUUAUCAUAUUGUUGAUCCAGAGUUUUAUUUACCAGACUUUGGGCCAGUGCCAUGUAAAAGGAUGAGGACUGAUGAUGAUUCACACUCAGACUCGGACCAAUUGGACACCACAAACAUCUCCAACCUGAUCUCGGUGCUGGGUUCAGGUGGACUGUCUGAGUUUGUGGGUUGGCAGCAGACGGACCUUGAGCAAAUAUUCGCCGUUCAAACAAUUUGUUUAAAACAUACACUGUUAACAGGCAGCGGUUGGACCAGAGCAAUCGAAGCAUUUUGACUUGUAUGACUGUUUUUUCUUUGUAUCGUUUUAUUUUAUUGCUUUCAAAUAAACCUCGACACGACUGCA